AUGAUCGGUGAGACCACCGAUGACGAUCUCUUGCUGGUUCUCAACAGACCGUGGAGGUUCUCGAUCGCGGCGAAUGAGGAAGGGCAGGAGCUGGUGCCGAUGCUUGCUCCUACCGCGGAGAUUGUCGAAGGCGGCGGCGGCGAAUGUUGUUCCGUCUGUAAACUAGGGUUCGCGUGGGAAGAGGGAGUGCUCAGGACGAUCUGCAGCCAUAUCUUCCACGUUCGGUGCAUCGCUCCUUCUCUGUCGCGACAUCGCUCCUGCCCUGUCUGCUCCGCCGUUUUCCCCCUCCCUCUCGAUAUCCGAACUCUGCUCCACUAG